AUGGAAGUGUUCAUGCCCUUCACCUCUUUCCUCAAUGCUGACAAGGUCUUUUGUGUGGCUGGUCAGGCCGCGAUUCCUGAGCCCAAAUUGGACAAUCUCAGCGCAGCUUUCAAGCAGGCACUCGAGCAAGUGGGUGCUGCCUCCUACCAUGUUGUAAUGCUUGGACUUGCGCACACAAGGAACAAACUGAACGCUGAGCGCAAAGCUUGAAUUGCUGUUGAGAUUGAGCUCGCUUCUAAAGAAGAGAUGAUCAAGGCAUUGGGGAAGAAGAGCUCACAUUUGUCAAAGGAGCUUGAGAAUGCCAAUGAUGAGCGUAACUGUUUCAUUGCCAUUGAGGCCAAGCUCGCUUCAAAGGAAGAGACAGUCAAGGCAUUAGAAGAGAAGAGUGCGCAUCUGGCAAAGAAGCUUGACCACGCCAAUUUGGAGCAAGAACAUUGGAUUGUGAUCAAGUGCAAGCUUGCUACCAAAGAGGAAACCAUCAAGACACUGGAUGAGAAGAGCGCAAAUUUGGCAAAAGAGGUCAAUAAUGCCAACUCCUUCCUUCAUGUCUCCAACAAGCACACUGCUGCAUUCACCUUGACAAUGUACGAGGCGGAUGCAGAACUUGCUGAGUACAAAGACAAGAUCAAGUUCAUGGAAAAGCAGCUUGAGCUUGUUUGUGGCAAUUUGGAGCAAGUGAAGGCAGAGCAGGAGGAGCAAGCCAAGGCCAAAAACACAAUCCCUGACCUCUGUGCAAGAAUUUUGACCAAUCUUCAGGAGGGCUUGCAAAGGCGGCGGAAAGAGGCCGCUGAAGCGUGCGGCCAGAAAGGCAUAGCAAGCAUUUUUGAAAAGCCAUAUACCUUUUGGCGUUCACGCAUGGUCACAACGCAGCACCUUUGCCUCUCUUGCCCCUCUUGCCUCCCUUGCCCUCCUCGUUCUCAUUGCCUUUUCCACUCUGUUCUUCUGCGUGUUCCUUUGCCUGCUCCAUUCUCUUUCUGUCCAACCCCACACGCCCUUUUUUGUAGGCCUGGGUCAAACAUCAUUACCCACCUUUGCCGGCCCCCUUUCCUGUCUUCUCUUCCACUGCACUUGGCCCUCCUUGGACCCCCAACACAGGAUGUCAUUGCAAUUGCACUCACUCACACGCAAUAUUUGUAUUGAGAACUCGCAGACAACGCCAAUCCUGAUUCAGGCCUAGAGGGCAGCGGUGCCUCGAUGCCUUGAUCGGCGGCUUUACAGCAGCCUCUUGAUGUGACAGUGCAGCAUUUUCCUUUGGCACAUGCUGGCAGCGGCAUUAAAACCAAGUCUAGUCUUCAGUCUUCCAUGAUCACAGAGGCUCUUGUGACUUCUGCCCAAAAGAGUAAGAGCAGCAGCAAAUGUGGUACAGCAUCGCGAGCUUUCUCACCAACAGAUUCAAAGCAGACAAUGAGAGUGCGCGCGCACACUUUGUCUUACAAAUCUUGAUCCAGCCAAAUGACAACACCACCAAUCUUACCUUCUGAGCACGUGGCAUCUUCUCAAACUGUCGCACGUCCUGAGGCUUGGGCGCUCCGAGAAUCCUCAAUCAUCCCUCUGGUCUGUGGUCACCUGUAGUCUUUGCUUUUGUACCUCUGUCUGCUUCAUAAUCUUUUCACGUUACAAAUCAUCUGACAUGAUACAUGCGCGGCUCAACAUUUGUCCACCGCCUCACUCUCAGCGCACACGCUGUCCAUUCCAAAUGAGCAACUUGGCUCUCAAACUUUUAUGACCAAUGGGUUGGCACAUGUUGAACAUGCCUGCUGUGGUAUCAACCUUGAUCCUGGAUCCACUUAUCGGAGAGUAGGCUCGCUGCACACUGAUCGCUUGUAUGCAUGCUCAACGGCCACCGUGCAGCAGCUAUUGUCACCUGCUUGUAAGGCUUGGGUACCUGCAAUGGCCUUCAGACCAACCUGGCCUUUGUUGUGCCAUUUGUCUGCCAGAUUUUAGGUCGCUUGCUUGCAUAUCUUCACCACCAAUUCCUUCCACUGGCUCACCAUCUUUCUCGUCGCUUAGAGACUCUCCCUCCUCUCACCAAUCUUGCACACAUACUUCCAGUUGAGCCUGCACCGAGCUAAGCAUCAGCUCUCAAACAGCAACCUCAGAAGAUUCCUGCUCGGGACAGUCAAAGCCCUCUCAUUCCCAUUUCAAGUCUCCUUGGUUGUUGGCGGCGUCCUGGGCCACGUUUGCUGGGCAACUUUACCAUCACCAGCACAACAAACCAUCUUGACUCAUCGUGUUACCCGUUCUCAUCGCACCCUCUCAGACCAACUUGAUAGACAGCACAUCCCUGGGCAACAGCCUCUUCGAUCAACAGCACAUCUUGGUGCGAGCAAUCUUGUAUUGGUUUCUGGCGCUCCUGACACCGCCGGCUACAAAGGAGGACAAGAUGAAUCACACCUUUGUGGUACGUCCGCAUACAUGAAGACUUGACUGUUGUUUGGUGAGGUCCAAUUGCUGAAUAUGCACGCCUCGAUUUGGGCUCAGAAGACCGUGCGAUGUGGCAACCUUGUAGUCAUUCAGCAUCAUGCCACAACCAUCAGCCAUGAAGAGGAGGUGGCAGAGCUGACACAAGAGCGCAACGAUGCAUACAAUGCAUACGCGCUAGCAGAUGAGGAGCGCAUUGAGCUGCAAACACAUGUCAAGGAUGCUCAGAAUUGUGCACACCAGGCCUUUCAACAGUUUGAGGUUGCGCAUGAAGGCUACCAGCGCCCUGAAGCAGCAAAAGGAGACUUGGAAAGGGGAAAGGAGGAGCUGCUUGGUCAAGUUGCCCAGCUUCAGUACCAGAAAGAAAUGCUGGCUCACAAGAACAAUCAAGUCAAGCAGAAGAAUGCUGACUUGAAAGAGAACAAGCAUACUGUGCUUGCUGCUGUGUUUGCUCUGACUGAGCGUACCAAGGAACUUGAGGCGCAGACCUUUGGCUCCAAUGCGCCUCUUCUUCAAGUUUUGUAG